UUCAACCAAUCAAUGUUUCCCAUGACUGCUCGGCGCUUAGUCAGAUGGGUGCUAGCUACACGCAGCUAAAGACGGUCCUGUAAUUGUUUAUCUUAAGCGCCUGUAUGUUUUACUAAAUCUUUGGCCACACCAUUGAUAGUAAGCGUCGCCAAAACACGUUUGUUUUCGUCUGUUGGAUGCCUUACUGAAGCGAUGACAGGCUCAAACGAGUACAAGCUGAACCAGGGGCCAGAGGACAGCAUCUCUGCUGUCAAGUUCAGCCCUAGUGCAGCUCAGUUUCUGCUGGUCUCCUCCUGGGACUGCACAGUUCGUCUCUUUGAUGUCGGGGGAAACACCAUGCGAAUGAAAUACCAGCACACAGCUCCAGUUCUUGACUGUGCUUUUUAUGAUCCGGCACAUUCUUGGAGUGGAGGGUUGGAUGCACAAUUAAAGACACAUGAUCUAAACACAGACCAAGACACAAUCGUCGGCACGCAUGAUGCCCCCAUACGUUGUGUGGAGUACUGUCCGGAAGUCAAUGUUAUGGUGACAGGCAGUUGGGACAGAUCGGUCCGGCUCUGGGAUCCAAGGACCCCCUGCAAUGCUGGGACAUUUACUCAGCCCGAAAAGGUAUACACCCUGUCUGUGGCUGGAGACAGAUUAAUCGUUGGCACAGCAGGAAGAAGAGUCUUGGUUUGGGAUUUGAGGAACAUGGGCUACGUUCAGCAGAGGAGAGAAUCCAGUCUCAAGUAUCAGACUCGCUGCAUUAGAGCCUUCCCCAACAAACAGGGCUACGUCUUGAGUUCAAUCGAGGGCCGUGUUGCUGUGGAGUACCUGGACCCAAGUCAGGAGGUUCAGAAGAAGAAGUAUGCCUUUAAAUGCCACAGGCUGAAGGAAGAUGGGAUCGAGCAUGUUUACCCUGUCAAUGCAAUUUCCUUUCACAGUGUGCACAACACCUUUGCCACAGGUGGCUCAGACGGCUUUGUAAACAUCUGGGACCCAUUCAACAAGAAGCGCCUGUGUCAGUUCCACCGCUACCCGACCAGCAUCGCAUCACUUGCUUUUAACAACGACGGCACCAUGCUUGCCAUCGCUGCCUCCUACAUGCAAGAAAAAGGAGACAUCAGUCACCCAGAAGACGCGAUCUUCAUCCGACAAGUCACAGAUGCCGAAACCAAGCCCAAAUCACCUCUUAAUUGAUCCAUGCAUAUGAGGCUGAACCAUGUUUGGGAUUUGUGCUGGCAUCCAGUGUUCAUUUACUUUUAUUCUUCUGUCGUUAGUUCUGCACCAAAACAACAUCUCUCUUUGGAUUGUUUGUCAAAAUCUUUCUUUUCUGACUUUUCUUGUUCAAUAUGUCACUGUUUAUUGUUUAACAAAUCUCUCUUGUUGUCACUUGUUCAUAUAAAGCUUUUUUAGCAUCUUUUGA